CUCUGACAUGCGGCUGUUAUUUUAACUCAACGUUUUGUACAUGUACACUUGUCGUCGAACCAGUUACUACAAUUUUGGCACGAGGUAGAAGUACAUCAUGUUUAACACUUACAGUUAUAUAUUAUAAAUAUAUGACCAGUAUGUAUGACUGGCCUCAACUGGGAUAAGUGUCUUUACGUGAUACAGCGCAACGUUUACAAAUUCAGUAUUAUGUUUGGCAAGCUGUGUUCAGGGCAUCCGCAGAUUCCGCACAACGUUUCACUGUCAUUCGAUUGGAUAUUAAAGUAAUAACUCCUGUUGUGGCUCGCUGGGAAAGAUAAACACCAGCAAGUAUCCCUAAAUCACAUAGGUUGUAAUAGAGCAUUGGAGCAUCUUCAUACACGAGACAACAUGGAUACGGUUGAGCCCGGGACUGGACUCACUCCAAGGGAGAAAAACGCGCUCAGAGACACCUGGGCUGUUGUAAUGCAAGACAAAAGAAAAAACGGAUUCCUCUUUUUUAAAAAAUUCUUCGAAAUGUUCCCGAAAAUGCAGGGCUAUUUCAAAUUUAGAGAUGUUGAAUUAAACGACCUUGAAGAAAAUGCGACGUUUAAAUUACAUGCUGGAAAAGUGUUUACCCAGAUCAACAACAUGGUUGAAAAUUUGGACAAUGUUCCGGAGCUCGUGGGGAUCAUAAAAGGGGUGGGUUCUGACCACGCCCCCAAUGGUAUUACUGCAGAAGCAUUUGAGAAUCUCAGAGAUGCUUUCCUUGCCUUUCUCGUUGAGAGGAUGAGUGCGACCAUUACGCCGUUCCAAAAGACAUCAUGGGAGAAGGUGAUGGGAGUAAUCGUUGCUCUAGCUCAAGACGGAUUCAACAGUGCAAAAGGGACCCAAUAAAAAUCACAAUAUAGACUGGGGAGUUUCAAUUAAAAAACUCCAAAUGCCAUUCUUAGCCAAAAUAUACUCCUUAAAUACGAUGCAGCAAAUGUGCAAGGACGUAUUCGAGUAUAUUACCACAUCACCCCUUUCAACCAGGAUGAACUCGGUUUAAAGCAUGAGCUCUUGUGAUUUAAUACUAUAAGUUAUUGAAUGAUUUGAAGUGCAAU